GCCACACCUAGUUUCCAGAAGGACAGGCAGGGCCUGAGAAAACAAAGACUAUUGCCUUCUGAGGCAGGGUUGGAUGGGGCUGGGAAGGACUGCUCCUGGAGUUUAUCCUCUGUCCUGGGUCCUUGAGUGGUUGAACAGUUAGAAGCCUGUCCUGGCCCCAAGUCACCAGUCUGGCAGCCAUGGAGAAGGUGCAUCUCAUUUGGCCCUCCAUCUCUUGACAAGCCCACCCACCUCUAGGUGCCAAGAAGUGAAUGCUUAUUCCCCCAGCAACAUCUAAAAGAGAACCUCACAGAAGGGCUUUGAUCAUCACAAGAGAAUCACUUGUUUGAGAUAGGAAUUUAGGCAUAAAUUACAUAAUGAGGGCCUGGAGACCCCUUGAUCAUGCAAAUCAGGGCCAGCUUCAUGGAUGUAACCUGUUCCUAGGACCCUGUGCUUGGUCUAAUGCUCUGCUGUCACUGUCUAGAACUUCUGGAAACUUUUUAAACUAGGGGCCCAUAUUUUCAUUUUGUACUGGGCUCUGUGGAUUGCACAGCUGGUCCUGAUGCAAGGUAGGUCAUCCUGAUUUGAAGAGCCACACCAAAGAGAUGCAGACUUCUACUGGGUAGAGAUCCCAGGAGCUCGCGAGCCUUCCAUUCAAGUGUGUAGUUGACUGCUUGGACAUGGCCGGGCACUCCAGGACUUGAGCCAGUUUCCAAAUUCCCUUUGUGCGUGUGUAUUUGUUUCCCAAGGCUGCCAUAAUAAAUUACCACACCGCAUGGCUUAAAAUGACAGAAAUGUAUUUGCCCUGAGUUCUGAACACCAGAAAUCCAAAAUCCAGGUGCCAGCAGGUCCAGACUCCAUCUGAAGGUCUCAGGGAGAAUCUGCUCAAUGCCUUUUUCUGAGCCUUGGGUGUUGCUCGCAAUCCUUGGUAACCCUUGGCUUCUAUGCGCAUUGCUCUGAUCUCUGCCUUGGUUGUCACAUGACUUUUCCCUGUAAGUCUGUCUCUGGAUCGCUUCUCUUCUUAUAUGGUCACUAAGUCAUAAGGGAUUCAAGGCCCCACCCUGAUAACUUUAUCUUGAUCACAUCUGCCAUGAUUUCCAAAUAAAACCACUUUCACAGGUACUGGGAGUGAGGACUUCAACAUAUAAAACCCUGAUUCAUGGACACAGUUCAACCUAUAAAACCCUGAUUCCUAAGCAUCCAUCAACUGUUCCCUGAAGAAACCAGGAAUGAACCACCUAAGGGCAGGACUCCUAUUCUUGGCUUGCUCCCUCUUCUUCCUCAACCAGUGAGAUCCCCGCGCCCCUUUCCCACCCACAACUGUCGGCAUAUCCCUCCUUCUGAGUACAAGACCUAGGGGAAGGGUAUCAGUGGAGUCAGGCCCCCUGGUGACAAAAACACACUGUGUGACUAUUGCACCUGCGCACUCUCCUUGGUCUCCUAGGGUUCAAAGCUCGCCUUCCUUCUACAAGCCUGCUACCAAGCCCCAAGGAAGCUUUUAUAGCUCCUGAGCAAAUGGUAGGGAUCAAAGAUCUGUCGAAUUGUUUCCUGGAACAGUUUGCUUUUCUCCCCCCUUGCAUUAGUCUUUGGUGCCGAAACUCGAGUUUCUGUGCAAGUCAUGCGACUCGAGAUAGAUAUGAGAUCAUCUUAGCACGGGUUUUCAGGCUUUUCUCGCCCAGGCCCGUCCUGCCAGCACCACACUGGCCUCAGAGGGGACCCGGGAUCCCAUCCCACCGCGAGGAGUGCCUGCAAAAACGAAUGUGAGCAGUUUUUGCCCUCCGUGGCCACCCUUCCCAUCCAGGGUGCUGAGGCUGGGCCAUGGCGGAGCUGUGCCGCACGGAUUCCUCGCUGACCUCCCUGGACGAGGAGGUGCUGUGGGAGAUGAUGGAGGACCACCGCUGCAGGAUCGUACGCAGCAUCUGCCCCAGCCGUCUCACUCCCUACCUGCGCCAGGCCAAGGUGCUAGACCAGCUGGAUGAGGAGGAGGUGCUGCACAGCCCCAGGUUCAACAACUCCGCCAUGAGAGUCGGGUACUUGUUGGAUUUGCUAAAGACUCGAGGCAAGAAUGGGGCCAUUGCCUUGCUGGAGAGCCUGAAGUUCCACAACCCUGAUGUCUACACCCUGGUCACCGGGCUGCAGCCCAGCGUGGACUUCACAAACUUCAGUGGGCUCAUGGAGACGUCCAAGCUGACCGAGUGCCUGGCCGGGGCCAUCGGGAGCCUGCAGGAGGAGCUGAGCCAGGAGAAGGGGCAGAAGGAGGCGCUGCUGCGGCAGUGCCAGCAGCUGCAGGAGCGCCUGGACCAGGCCGAGGCCCGCGCUGAGGGCCUGCGUCAGCUGGAGGCCGACCACAGCCGCAUGAAGCGCGAGGUCAGCGCCCACUUCCACGAGGUGCUGAAGCUGAAGGAUGAGAUGCUGAGUCUCUCGCUGCACUACAGCAAUGCACUGCAGGAGAAGGAGCUGGCCACCACGCGCUGCCGUGGCCUGCAGGAAGAGCUGUAUCUCAUGAAGCAAGAGCUGCAGCGAGAGAAGAUGUCUUCUUCCUGUGAGCGGGAAUUUCGAGAGCGGUCCCUGAAGAUGGCCAGUGACCUGGAGCCUGGAGACGAGGAGCUGAGCCGCCUGAAGGAGGAGAAUGAGAGGCUCCGCUCCCUGACCUUCAGCCUGGCGGAGAAGGACAUUCUGGAGCAGAAUCUGGACGAGGCCCUGGAGAGCAGGCAGGAGCUGGUGGACCGCAUCCACUCUCUGAGGGAGCGGGCUGUGGCUGCUGAGAGACAGCGAAAGCAGUACUGGGAAGAGAAGGAGCAGACCCUGCUCCAGUUCCAGAAGACCAAGGUGGACUGUGAAAUCUACAAGGAGAAGAUGAACGCCCUGCAGAGCCAAGUGGCCGAGCUGCAGAAGGAGCGAGACCAGGCCUACUCGGCGAGGGAUGGAGCCCAGAUGGAGAUUUCUCAGAACCUGACCGAGAAGGACGCCCUCCGCAGGAAGGUGUUUGAGCUGACGGACCAGGUUUGCGAGCUGCGCCAGCAGGUCCAGCGGCUGCAGGCGCAGGCCGAGUCAUCACCAGGGCCCAAGCAGGAGGCGGGGGUCAGGGAGCCCUGUCCGAAGGGGAAGCAGCGGCUGGUGCGCAUGUUUGCCCUCUGCCCGCGGGACGACAGUGACGGCAGCUCCUCUGAGUCUCAGCUCUGGUCUGACCUGAGCGCCACGUCCAGCCGAGAGCUGGUGGACAGCUUCCGCUCCAGCAGCCCUGCGCCUCCCAGCCAGCAAUCCCUAUGCAAGCGGGCCACAGAGGGCUUCUGGGAAGACUCCUGGCCUUCCAGCAGCUGCCCAGAAAUCCUGGAAGUGGAUCAGGGAGGUUCCCUGGGUGCUAAGAAGAGCAAUGCAGACUUGGAUUUUGAGAUUGUAGACCGGGCAGACCUCCCUGAAUCUGAGAACAGCCUGCUGCCGUCUUCUGGGGACCUCUAUCUCUCCACCAGCUGCUUCCCAGUGAGGCGGAGGCCGGCCCGCAAGAUCCUGAGCCAGGUCACGGCGCUGGCCUUCCAGGGGGGUGCGCUGCUGGAGCAGAUAAGCGUUAUUGGCGGGAACCUCACGGGCAUCUUCAUUCAUCGGGUCACCCCGGGCUCUGCGGCAGAUGAGAUGGCUUUGCGCCCCGGCACCCAGAUUGUCAUGGUGGAUUACGAGGCAACCGAGCCCUCGUCCAAGGCCGUCCUGGAGGGCAUUACCCUGGAGCGGGCCGUCAGACUUCUCCGGAGGGUGAAUGGCUUCUGCUGUCUGUCAGUGAAGGUCAACAUGGAGGGUUAUAAGAAGCUGGUCCAGGACCUGGAGGCCAAAGUGGCCACGUCAGGGGACUCCUUCUACAUCCGGGUCAAUCUGGCCCUGGAGGGGCGGGCGGAGGGAGAGCUUCAGGUGCGCUGCAAUGACAUCCUGCACGUCACAGACACCCUGUUCCAGGGCAGCAGCUGCUGGCACGCCCACCGCGUUGGCCCCUACAGCACCAAGGGCACGGAGCAUGGCACCAUCCCCAACUACACACGGGCUCAGCAGCUGCUCAUCGCCCUCCUCCAGGACAUGGCUCAUCAGAGCACCAUGACCCGCAAGCAGCCUUCUGGGGGAGCCCAGAAGUUGGUCCGCAUUGUCAGUAUGGACAGAACCAAGGCCAGCCCUCUGUGGUCAAGCUUUGAGGGAAGCCAGUCGGACCCGAGCCGGGUAGAAGACCCCUCCACUGUGUGCUUUUGGACUGAGAGCUGCUUCACCCUGGUGCCCUACACCCUGGUGCACCCCCACAGGCCCAGCCGGCCCCGGCCCGUGCUCUUCGUGCCCAGGGUGGUCGGGAAGAUCCUGAUUGAGAAGCUGUGCCUCUUCCAAGGGUUUAAGAAAUGCCCAGCAGAGUACUUGAGCCAGGAGGAGUAUGACACCUCCAGCCAGAGAGGGGACAUCAUCCAGGAGAGAGAGGCAUCUGGUGGCCUCUACUGUGUCACCCGCAGAGCAGUCGAGUCCCUCAUGGGAAAGAACACCCACGCCCUCCUGGACAUCCAACUGGACAGUGUCUGUGUCCUGCACAGGAUGGAGAUCUUCCCCAUCAUUAUCCAUGUCUCCGUCAAUGAGAAGAUGGCAAAGAAAUUCAAGAAGGCUCUGCAGCGGCUAGGUACCACAGAGGACCAGUUCCUGGAGGCUGCCAGGCAGGAAGAGGCUGAGCUGGAUAAAGUGCCCUGUCUAUAUAGCAGCCUGGCCCCUGAAAGCUGGAGUGACCUGGAUGCCCUGCUUGGCUGUGUCCGCCUGGCUGUUAUGGAUGAACAGAAGAAGGUCGUGUGGACAGAGUAGAGGCCUUGCUGAUGGCCCCUGUGUCAUGAACAAAUUUAGAAAAUGAACUUUGAUAUAUUUUACUAAAAUAAAAAGCUUUUACAGAA